GUGGUUGUAUGAAUAUGAAUACAGAGUAUAGUACAGUCAUAUAACCAAAAUAAAGGUAGAAAUUCCGAAUUAGAGCCGCGAUCCGAUGCACUUUUUAUCAUCGGCUAUCAAAAUUUCCCAUUUCCAUAUAGUGAAAUUGCAUCACAAAGACCCGGGAGUGACGUAGAGGAGCAACAGGAAGUUGGAGCACAUAUGCUGGUUCCUUGCUACUUGCGGUCCAGGUGAGCAUGGCCCGGCAGGCGUCAGCGGGGCGCCGCUACCUGCGCGCGUUUGUGAGCGGCUUCUUCGUGGCCGUGCCCGUCACCGUGACCGUCCUGGAUCGCUUGGCCUACGUGGCCAGGGUGGAGGGGGCGUCCAUGCAGCCUUUCUUGAACCCGGACGCGACGUCGGAAGGCGACGUGGUCCUGCUGAACCGCUGGAGCGUGAGGAACAACGAAGUGCAGCGAGGCGACAUCGUGUCGGUCAUGUCACCCAGGAACCCUCAGCAGAAGAUCAUCAAGCGGGUCAUCGGCCUGGAGGGGGACUUCAUCAGGACUCUAGGCUACAAGAAGCGGUACCUGCGCGUCCCCGACGGCCAUCUCUGGAUCGAGGGGGACCACCGCGGUCACAGCCUGGACAGCAACACCUUCGGCCCGGUGUCGGCGGGGCUGCUUCACGGCCGGGCGUCUCACAUCAUCUGGCCUCCUCGCCGCUGGCAGCGCAUCCGAGCCCACCUCCCGCCCAACAGAGCCCCGCUGUACACGGAUGAAGACGAGGAGUGAAGACAGGGACGGAUGACGGAUUUUUUAGUCUCAGUCCUGCUGGCAGGAGACAGCAAAAAUGUUCUUUAGAUGCAACAAUUGACCAUUCAUGCGUUUAUCCAAUAUGAUAAGACUUUAUUUGAAUAUUUGUCCUUUUCAAAACCAGUACAAUUCAUAUUGUAACCAUUAGGACUCCCCUCAAUUUUGGUGAAUGUUAAAGGUCCCAGUCAAAGGGUUACAAAUAAGUCAUAUUUUUUUCACUUCAAUAUCUAUAUAACAUUGUGGAGGGAAGUGUGGCCAGCGCUGCCUGCAGGAGCAAAGGCCACCGCCUCUGUCUAUGGUGCUGAGGGCAGAGCACCAUCAGACGGGGGCGUGGCAAGUGCCGACGGCGAGACACAGCUGAACAGGUGAUUAGAUCUCCCAGGUGCUACGAGUUAUCUAAUCAUCUGUUGUCUUUAACAGUAAGCGGCCGGGAACAGGAGGGGAGGAGGAUACGGAGGACUGAAAAGUCACGUCCCGUUGGAGGAAAAAUGUUGCUAAAACAUAUGAUUAUUAAAACCUUGUUAAAACCUGCACGCUUGGCUCCUGUGCCGUGUCUGACAGUGGGACUGCGAGGACGCAACUUCCACAAACAUUUUUUUUUGCAAUGACUUUUUUUAAUCCCACUAAAAUGAUCAGGGAGCUAAAAGGGUCCCCACUCAUUAAAGUGUUAAAAAUAAGUCAUACAUUAAUUUUUUUAAUUUUAUUUUACUUUCAACACUUAAAUCUCGAGAUCAACUUCAUAUC